GAUAAAAAAAUGCAGCGGCAGCAAUUUUCACCUGGAGCAUCGCCCGUGGAGCUCGGAGACUGUAUAGAAGAGCUACUAAAGUUCACUCUCCAAUCUCACAUCGACGGAACCCUAGAGCAUGAUCUACGGUUGUCCGCCAACUUCUGCUCCCAACUUCUGUAUGACGAUACUCCUCAUCUCAAUUCUGAUCGCCCUGAAUGUUCCAGAUUGUACAAGAAUCUAGCGUUGGCUGUUUGGAAGUCAGUCUCCAAAACAUCAUGUGGGUCAUUUGACAAUAUGGCAUUAUUAGAUGACUUGGAGAACAAAGAAGAAUGGGAUGAGCUGAUUACCCAAGGAGGAGCUGAAUUAGUAAAGGUUCUAAAGACAGUUAACUAUGAGCUUCAUGUUCAAGAGCCUUUCUUUACUCAGAUAAAAGUUAAUCUGAAGACAGUGGAAGGAAGAUGUGCUGCUGGUGAUUACAAUCGAGUUCAGCCUGGAGACUUGAUACUGUUCAAUAAAUGUUUGUUGUGUGAGGUUCAGGAUGUACGUCAGUACCUGUCAUUUUCUGCAAUGUUGGAAGCAGAGGGUCUUGAUAAAGUUCUUCCCGGAGUAAAAACCUUAAAAGAUGGUGUCCAGGUAUACAGAAAGUUCUAUUCUGAAGAGAAAGAACUGUCCAAUGGCGUGCUUGGGAUCCAUGUCAAAAAAUCUGUUGCCCAGCCAUUCAUUGUUUUGUCCAGAAUUAUAUCUAUUGCUGGACGAUUCAGUUGGGGAAGAGCAUGGUUGUAUCGACAUUUAUGCAAGGCAUGUCGAUCUGAUUCACGAGACAUUGCUUGUCCGAUCUUACUCCUUCAAGUAUGGGCUUGGGAUCGAUUCCCAAGCAUGACUCGAGCUCGUCGCCACAUCGCGGAUCAUGAGAUAGUGRGACAACCAUUAGCUGCACGGUGGAGAGAUCAAUUUUGUGUUACAGAAUUAUCGACAYAUGUAUUGGUUCAGUACAGAUACAUGUUGGAUCUUCUGACACCGGGAUCGAUUUUAGAUGAUUUGGGAACCAUAUAAUAAAGGAUUUGCAUCCCUACCAGAUUACUAUAUGGUGCACAGUAAGUCCACUUAUUUGUUUUUAUUUUGUUGAGUGACAUCAUCCAAAUAGAGUUCCUAGGCAGUUCGAGAUGAAACAAUCAAUUCUAGAUGUUCUUAGUUGGGAUCCAAAGAUACAUGACAUAGACCUUCGACGUCGGGGAUGACAGGACCAUACAACACCUUUUGUGGCUAGGUGGUGGAUUCGUAGAGAUUAUAUUGCUAUUAGUCCUCCGGUGGACGAUGAUGGUGAUUGCGAUCUCGGAUACAUGAGUUGGUAUUUGUCAAUUACUAGACAUUAUAUUACUCAAGAAUGAGUUUGGUGCUACGACUACAUGUUUUGAACAAAUUAGUAUCAUCUCAUCGUCAGAAGAUAUUAAUAGCUUUUGUACCACUGGUGAGAGAUAUCUUCAAAGGCUUCAUCAGUAGUGGUCUAGAGUACCUACACCUACUCACUACCCCUGGCGUARAGGACAUCGUCAAAUAGAGAAGGAUGCUCCAAACGAGCCUGCCAUUCCUGAACCUGAAGUUAUGUAUCAUAAUGUCGAUGAUGCUCCACCUUUCACACAGACACAGGAUGAGGCCAGCCCAUCCACGCCUAUGGUUAUGAUACUGACUCUUGGUUUGAGCUAGGUUCACACACCAGUACAGUAUGGUUAUGGCGGUCAUGGACGUGGGUGUGGAGAGUAUGGACAAUACAUCAACCCUAAUGAGGAUCAACAGACACCGAGAGCUCGUCGUCGACAGUCACAUCGUCAUCGACGACCUCUCCAAUGUGAGACAUAUUAGAUAGAUUGAUAGUCUAUAACGCUUAAUUUUGGUUAUUCAGCUUUACCUUUUAGAUAUUAAUUAAUAUUUUAUUCAUAUAGUAUUGAUAAAUUAA